AUGCCCCAGAACGAACUCAUCCCCUCUUCUUGGACGGUCGAGGCCUCGACAGAAUCGGAUGACUCUCCUUCUAUUCGGUUGACCUCAUCCAGCAAUGGCGCUCCGUUCAACUUCAGCUUCGAGGCUGUCCGACCGGACGUCUUCAGGACCACAUAUACCUCCGAGAGCCACCCAUUGCCUCCUCACCCAAGCAUACUCCGCCCUGAGACCAAACUUGGGGAGAAGAAAGCCUCGAUUCAGUCGACUGAAAAGAGCAAGACAAUAAGCAUCGGAAAUGUCUCCGCAACAGUUAAUUAUUCUGGCGAGACCCCUCAUUUGGCCAUCAACUUUGACGGCCAGGAAGAACCCCUUCUCCAGGACGUGCCAAACCGUUCCUACACAGCCGAUGGACCUGGGAUUGCUCAUUACACUCGCUACAACCGUGGAACUCUCCACGUCGGCCUGGGCGAGAAGGCUGCGCCCAUGAAUCUGUCAGGUCGCCGCUUCCAGCUCUCCGCGACCGACAGCUUUGGUUAUGACGUCCACCGAACCGACCCUUUGUACAAAAACAUUCCUCUCCUCAUCAAUGCUACUCCCAAAGGCUGUGUUGCUACCUUCUCAUCAACGCAUGCUCGCGGAGAGUACUCUGUCGGCUCUGAAAUGGACGGCAUGUGGGGGUUCUACAAGGUCUACCGCCAAGACUUCGGCGGCUUGGAGGAAUACGUGAUAGUCGGCAACACGCUGAAGGACAUCGUCUCGACAUAUGCCAGCCUCGCAGGAUAUCCUCUGCUAGUCCCUCGUUGGGCCUUUGGCUAUCUAUCUGGCGGCAUGAAGUACUCUAUGCUGGAUGACCCACCUGCAAGCGAGUCGCUCCUGGAACUCGCCCGCAAGAUGAAGGAACACGACAUUCCAUGCUCCGCUUACCAGAUGUCCUCUGGGUACACCGUGGCUGAGAGGGAACCCAAGACGCGUAAUGUCUUCACUUGGAACCGCCAUCGGUUCCCGGAUCCUGAAGGUUGGAUCAAGGAGUACCACAAGAUGGGCAUGCGUCUGAUCGCUAACGUCAAGCCGUACCUCAUCGCCAGUCACCCCGAAUAUCAGAAACUCAAGGCUGCUGGCGGACUCUUCACUGAUCCUCGCACCAAACAGCCUGCUGUAACCAAGCUGUGGAGUGCCGGUGGUGGUGAGAGUGACGAUGGUGGCCACAUUGACUUCACUUCCGAAGCAGGUUUCAACUGGUGGUACGAGGGUGUCAAGACUCUAGCGCAACAGGGUAUCGACUGCAUGUGGAAUGACAAUAACGAGUACACAGUCACGGAUGACAACUGGGAAUGUGCGCUGGACCAGAAAUCUAUGCAAGUUCCUCCUGGUCUUGACAAGAGGCCCCAGAUCGGCCUCUGGGGCCGCAGCCUGCACACCGAACUCCACGGGAAGGCUUCGCACGACGCUUUGCUUGAAGUCAACCCCGACGAACGUCCUUUCGUCCUUACCCGAAGCGCUACGGCGGGGACGAUGCGUUACGCCUGCAGCACCUGGAGUGGAGACAACACGACCAGCUGGCCCGGCAUGAAGGGCGCCAAUGCGCUAUCCCUAAACGCUGGUCUCAGUCUACUGCACUGUUAUGGCCACGACAUUGGCGGGUUCGAAGGGCCUCAGCCGUCACCGGAACUGCUCCUUCGCUGGGUGCAGCUCGGCAUCUACUCUCCUCGCUUUGCCAUUAACUGCUUCAAGACAGGGACCGACAACAGUGUCGGUGAUGUAAUCGAGCCCUGGAUGUACCCUUCUAUCACGCACCUCGUGCGCAAGACUAUCAAGAGGCGUUAUGCCCUGAUUCCUUACAUCUACUCCCUGGCACUGGAGAGCCAUGUGAGCGCAACACCUCCUCAGCGUUGGACGGGCUGGGGCUACGAAUCUGACCCGGAGGUGUGGACUAACUCUGUGCUCACCGACGGAGAGACGCAAUACUUCCUUGGAGACUCGCUCCUGAUCGGCGGCGUGUACGAGUCCGGCGUCAGCAAGGCGCGAGUUUACCUCCCCAAGGGUUCGGAGGAAGACGAAGGGUUCUUGAAUCUCAAUGCGCCUUAUCAAUACUUCGCGGCAGGCCAGUGGGUUGACGUCGAUGCAGAAUGGCACGGCUCCGGCAUCGCCGUACUGGGCAAAGUCGGCGGCGCCAUCCCGGUUGGUCGUGAUGUCCAGGUUCUUUCGCCUGGUGAAAAGGAGAACGUUGCCAACCUUCCCCUCGAUGAUUAUCGGGCUGUCGAGAUUUUGCCACCGCAACACGAGUCCAAGGACGGCAAGUGGCACGAGACAACGUGGUUUGAGGACAAUGGCGUGUCAGUCGUAACCAAGAACAAGAUCUCAUCGUACACCAUUGCCUAUUCCGCGGCUGCCAAUGAGAUCAAGGUGAAGUUUACUAGAGAUGAGUCGUCUGGGUUUGAGGCUCCCUGGCAAUCUUUGGUUGUCAUUUUGCCGUCCGGCGAUCAGAGGACAUUGGUGAGCUCAGAUGGCAAGGACGUCAAAGCGCUGGGCGUGGAUGAUCAAGGCCGCCACAAGUUCGAGCUAAGCUGA